GGGCCAGUUGCGGGCGUCACGGGGCAGCCCCGCCCCUCCCGCCGAGACGCGGGCGCUGGUGGCGCCAUCUUUCCCGGUUGCGGGAGGGGUCACAGGUCAGUGCCGAUCCUCGCCGCGAGUGAGGAGGGCGAGGUGCCUUUUCCUCGGGGCAGCCCAGGAUUCUCCAAGAGCACAAUGGAUUCUGGAACUCGCCCAGCUGGUAGCUGUAGCAGCCCUGCUGGGCUGUCACGGGAAUACAAACUAGUGAUGCUGGGUGCUGGCGGUGUAGGGAAGAGCGCCAUGACCAUGCAGUUCAUCAGCCACCGGUUUCCAGAAGAUCAUGAUCCCACCAUUGAAGAUGCUUAUAAAAUCCGGAUCCGUAUUGAUGAUGAGCCUGCCAAUCUGGACAUUUUGGAUACGGCUGGACAGGCAGAGUUUACAGCCAUGCGGGAUCAGUAUAUGAGGGCAGGAGAAGGGUUUAUCAUCUGUUAUUCUAUCACCGAUCGUCGAAGUUUCCAUGAAGUUCGGGAGUUUAAACAGCUUAUUUAUCGAGUUCGACGUACUGAUGAUACCCCUGUGGUUCUUGUGGGAAACAAGUCUGACCUAAAGCAGCUAAGACAGGUCACCAAGGAAGAAGGAUUGGCUUUGGCCCGAGAAUUCAGCUGCCCCUUUUUUGAGACAUCUGCUGCAUACCGCUACUACAUUGAUGAUGUAUUCCAUGCCCUUGUACGGGAGAUACGUAGGAAAGAAAAGGAGGCAGUACUGGCCAUGGAGAAAAAAUCUAAACCCAAAAACAGUGUAUGGAAGAGGCUAAAAUCACCGUUCCGGAAGAAGAAAGAUUCAGUAACUUGAAGGGAAGAUGUGAAAUGUUUAUCUGUGAACUGCAGUGCUUAAUCAGAGCAGUCCAGUAACCUGCAUUAGUGAGCAUGGUGCUUGUUCUUUCUCCUGUUAUGACCGUUAUUUUAAAAAUAACUGAUGAAGGGGACAUGCCCACUAGGAGUUUUCAAUGAUGUGGUAUUUAAAAUAUUGUUUCUUAGUUAAUUCUGAUUCUAUUAACCCAGUGGAGCACUGUCUACUUUUAAAUUGUCACAUUAGAAUUCAAUUUACCAAUGUUUUGGGUUCUGUUGCUGAUAUUAAUUAAUGUAAAUUUUUUAUACCUGGGGGAAUAUGCAUACCAUACGUGUUUGACUAAGCUCACAAGAGGAAUUUUUUGCCAUGCACUAUUCUGCAUUCUCUUUCAACUGCAAUUUCCUGGGACUGUCCCAGGGAAGGACUAUCAGUCUUUUCAUGCUGUGCUUCCUGGAGACAGAACAAAAAUCAUCGGGAAAUCACUUCUAAAGAGAUCGGUGCUAAAGUUCAGUAAAUAGCUGUGGAACUGACUCCUGUUGCAGAUUAUGGAGUGAUGAGAUUGGGGAAAUCAGGCUGUAUGUUUUUGCAGGAGCUUGGCUAGAAAAAGUCAGGAUUAGAACAGUGCUCCUCAGAGGAGCCUGUCUUUUCUAAGAAGUACACAUUUGACCCAAAUGCACUGGGAUGGAUGAGAGCAAACAGAAACAUAUAAAAUGUAAUGAAGCUUUCUCCUACAAGGUUAUUUUACUCUUCCUUUCAGGGUUUUGCCCUUCUUUACCUUGAAAGGUAAACAUUUUGGGAACCAUUCCUGGGUUACUAAAGUGUUGUUUAAUCUAAAUCCUUGGUUGGGACAGCCAUUGCCUUGUACAGGUUUAUUUUUUCCUCAGAGAUGCACACACCAAUACAUUUACAUUAAUUGCUUCCUAGUGCUUUCCCUUAGCUUCCCUGUGCUCUCUAGAAGAGCUUGGCCUGGCAGAAUGUUUUUUAGGCCCUUCGUCAGACUGACUGCAUUUUCCAGACAGAAGAGACAUCAGGAGUUAGUAAAAUUGUAUAUGUGCCUCCUUGACAUAGACAAUCACUAGACUCAGUGUUCUAAGAAAGCCUGUGGCAUUUCUGUGUAAUGAGCCAGUCUUGAAGCUUUAAAAUUCCCCUAUGUUGAGUUUCUCAUUGAAGAUUUCUUUACAAGGACCUUGCUAAGUUCACCUCAGGGUUUUGCCUGAGCCUUGACAAAGCUUAGCCUAAGACAGUACCACUUCGAUAACUGCAUAUUUGAGAAACUAUCCUAUCUUCUUGGGAAGAAUCAGCUUUAAAUAUUGGUGGUGAGUUCUUUCUUUUAGAAUCAGGAUUAUUUUGAUACCUGAACUUGUUAUGUGUGGAGAUUAAGCACAAAAGUGCUAAGAGUAAUGUAGCAUAUGUUGAACAUUGUU